GACAUUUGACAGGUUGACAGCAUGUAGUUGCAUUCUCUUUUUUUUUCAUUUUAAAAAUUUCAUCAAAUACCAUACCUAGCUUUUACUUUUUUCAACAAAGAAUACUUACAAGUCUUACGUUAUUACCUAUCCCAUUGUUAUUUAAGUUAAUUUUAACGAUUUAAAAUGCAUUUGAUCGUAAUAAGCAAUAACAUUCAAGUCUAUUCAUUCGACUGGAAAUGAUCAUGUAUUUAGUAGAAAGGGUAAUAAAUUAGUCAUCAAUGGUUGGAUCCCAGAUUUAAAACGCUAAAAAAUGGCAAAAUGUCCAGAGGAAGUGGUUUUGGAAGGCUGGCUGACUAAGUCACCCCCAACAAAAAGAAUCUGGAGAGCAAGGUGGAGAAGAAGAUGGUUUCUGUUGACCCAUUCGGGUGAUAUACCUGGACAAUACGUGUUGACCUAUUAUACAGAUAGAAAUAGAAGAAAAUUAAAAGGUUUAAUUGAUUUGGAUCGUUGUGAUCAGGUUGAUUUAGGUCUAAAGCUUGAAGAGAGAAACCUAAAAUUUGAUCAUGUGUUUGACAUAAAGACUCCCAAUCGUACUUACUAUUUAGCGGCCGACACAGAGGAAGAAAUGAAGUCCUGGGUCACUUGUAUAUGUAGAGUGUGUGGAUUAAAGUCGACCAACGAGGAUGAAAAUGUAUCUGUGCCCAUAAACACUCCGGACAUCGAAAUUACCGAGGAGAACGUGGAUUCUUCUCUCGCGCAACACGAGUUCGAAAAUACCCCACCCACAUCACCAACCACUAGUCCUUACAUUCCAAUAUCGGAAUGUAUUACUGGAAAGUCACCGAUUUUCGAUCCAAAAGACUUUCGAACUCUCUUGGAAUACAACUGUAGAAAUAGUAACCGGUUGUCGUCACGCGUGAACGACACAUACGAAUUUCACAGUCCUAAUAAUUAUAUCAAUUACUCGAACGAACCAGAUAGGAACUACGUUAACGAUAUUCCCGAUCCGAGGUUCUACGAUUGCCCCAGGCAGUUGGUGCCCCCCAAAAACAAACACUCGGACGAACAGCUCAAUCAUUCGCCGUUAAGAAGUCCCACCGAUUCGGAUAGUGUUUUUAACGAAGAAGAAUGGGUUCCACCGGGAAACGAAAAAGAUACAUUAAGAAAAUCUCGACCAUCGGAUAGCUCUGUGGACUUUGAACCGACUCCAACACAGAAAUUUACGAAAGUACUUGAUAAUAAUAGAGCAGUUGUACCGCCUCCUAGACCGCCUAAACCGGCCCACAUAACUCCGCCUCCAUGUUACUUAAAUUUAACGUCGACUCCUACAAAACUUAACAAGGAGACCGAUGAUAAACCUAAUCUUAGUGGACAAAAUUUAACCGACGACAUGUACGAUUUUCCUCGAUCUCACAACGUGGAAGCGGAACAUUUUAAGAGCACCCUUCCAAGAAAGCACUGUUAUAAUAACGCCGCUCCCGUAGCUUGUCCCGAAGGCACCGUAUUUAAAUAUGAUAUGUCACCUAAACCCAGCACAAGUUCUGUCACUUCUGUAUUUAGGUACGACCUCGAAGCGACACAAAAUGUGGAACCCUCUUCUCCAGCACAUUCGCAUUGUUCUUCCACACCAGCCUAUUCAAAUCUGCCGAGUCCUUUAUUGGUUGAGGCUCAAUUAAUGCCUCCUCCUGUUGUUAAUAGGGAGUUGAAACCGAGAAGAAAAUUAUCGGAUGCCCAUUCCAGUUGUUCUAAUACCGAACCGCCAUCGCCUAAGACUGCAGGACCUACCGUGGACAGGAAACUGAAACCUCCAACACCCUUACAGGAGGCCAGUAUGCGAAAAUCUUUCCAAAUGAUUGACGACGAUGGAACGAGAAAAAUUAGGGCUGCGCCCAGUCCUACGCCACCUAGUUUAAGCGGCGAGAACUUAUACGAAAACCAAGCGGACGUGUACCAUUAUAUGAGCGGGAAAAUGCAGUAUUUGGACCUAGAUCUUGAAGGUUCGUCAACCUCGACAAAAUCAUCGUUACCAAAAACAGUUGAAAGUGAUACCGUCUACAAGAAAGUCGACUUUGCAAAAACUGAAGCAUUUAAUCUUACCAGAAAUAACUUAGAGAAGGAACGGCAGGAACCGGUAACUACAUUUAUCAAGAAAUAAAGUAUUUUUACAUAUAGGUAUAUUAUCUAAAUAACGAUUUGAAAUGUAAGUUCUUUUACUCUGCAUUCUACAGUUUUACGAGUUCGAGGGAUAUUAGAAAUUAUGUGGACGUUUCAAGGGUUUUUCAUAUUGCAAUUGGUCCGAUUUUGAUCUAAUUUGUUUGAUAUAGUAGGAAUCACGAGAGUUUUUGAGUAUUUUGACGUUUGACAUCGGUAAGGUAUAGCGUCUUCCUUCAAUUCCAUAAUUAUUGAACCAGUCCUGAUACAUAUGUAGCUUAAUUUUGUUGUUCAACUUAACUUGUACAAUCACUGAGGCCUUUUACAUAAUCAUAAUAUUUUAAAUAUUGUAGCUUUAGGAAAUAUCAUCUAUUGCAUUGUCGCAGCUCAUUCAACACCCAGCUAGAUAUAGCCUAAGAGCUGACGACAUAUUUAGAGAACAUAUUUUAGGCAAGCUAGAAUAACUAAAAAUGUAUAGUUUAUUAAC